CCCAGCGAUGCUGCAGACUGUAUGCUCUCCAUCACGGCUCGAGUUGGAUGUGUCCCUCCUCCUCCUCCUCCUUCUUGUCCUCUUCAUCGUCCAGCCCCUCUCCGGCGGAUUACCUGAAUCUAACGGAUAAGGAGCCCAGAUGUCAUGAAGAGCCAUCCUCCAAAUUAGACAUGGUAUUCAACGUUCUGAUUACUGGCAUACCGGAAGGACAUGGGAAAAUGAGUGCUUGGCUCCAGUUGUGCCACUAAGACUCCUUGAUGGGUAGGCAUGGCAGACUUUUUCGUAACUGAUGCCAUGGAUGAUUGAUUUUUAAAGUGCUCUUGAGGGUGCUGUAAACUCAGAGCUGUAUAGCAAUGUGCGAGCGCGGAGAGCCCUUCAGUGAGGGAGAGUUAAGGAACAACAACCAGCAGGGUGGUGUGCUGGCUGAUGGCGAUGCCAACGCUAAUGAUAUCCGGAUGGAGGAUGGUGAGAGGAUGGGCGAUAUCGCCACUCUGUCGGGGCUGACAACUGAAACAGCGGAGCAGGACAAAGUCAUCAUCUGGGGGACAGACUCCCAGUGUGACGACCCAGAACUGGCUGAGUUUGAGAUGCUGGAGUGUCAGGAGCUGGAGGCCUACCUUGUUGAGGAGGGAGAGGACUUUGUCGGGCUCACGGACCGAAAGGAACUUCUUGAACAGCCGUCAUCAUGCAGCAAAGCCAUAGCAGAACAUACAAUGGAUAAUAAGAGCAGGGAAGAGGGAAGGUCCUUCCUGCAUGGUGCCAGUGAGCAGGAAUCCUGUGCCUCUCAUGUCUCAGAGAGUAAAGAGGUGUCCAGGACUGAGUUAAGCUCUGAAACUGAUGUCUUCGUGUCUUGUCUUUCCAACAUUUCAAGUAUGGCCACUGCUAUGGACACCGUUGGCAAGACCCAGACAACAGACUCCUGGCAUGCUGCCUCUGGUCCUUACUCAACCAUCUCAGAAGACCUGACUCUGGCUUCCCAGACUUGCAACACCGUCUCUGAGAGAGGCACUGCAGCUCAAAGAGCCGAUCAUCCUCCCCUCUCCUCUAGAAAAAGCACAAUACAUCAGAAAGAUGUGGACAUUAAUUUGAAUUCAACAAUUAACUCAGAGGAUGUUGGAUCGCAGGCACAAGUGAGUAGUGGCGUUGCUCCAUGUAAGGAUGUCACUGAUGAGCACAGGAAGAAUAGCAACCAGAGAAACAUUUCAGAGGGAGAUUGUGAUCAAGGGAGAAGUACUAAGCACAAGGCUUUACCCGCCACAAAGAAAUCGCAUGAAGAAAGCAACACGAACAUGGAUAAAAGCACACAAGCUGACGAGGCCCCUGAUGUGAACCAAAGCCUGCCCAAAACAGGUACAAAGGAGACUCAGUCGUCAAUCCAAUCCAAAGCCAUGAAGAAACAAGGAUCAUUUGAUAAUUCAUUGAAAAAACAAAACUCUUUUGACAAGUCUUUUAAAAAGCAGCCUUCAUUUGAGAAUACUUUAAAGAAGCAGCUCUCUUUUGAUAACACUGUAAAAAAGCAGGGCUCUUUUGAGAACACCGUCACCUCCAGCUCUUCAAGUCUGGAGAGGAGGAAGCCAUGGGGAAGCCCCAGUCGACCAGCAACUCCUACUUCCUCUAAAACUACCUCCUGUUCGCCCAAGAGACGACCACCUGGUUCUCCAGCUAAGGUCCAGGGCAUCAGGGCACUGAGCUUGGAGCGUAGUGACUCACCUCAGAGAGGUUUAGGUCAAACAGUCAAGCCACCAGGUAAGAUGCUGUUGAGCAGUGGCAUCCCCAAACCUGUCAUGCCUUCACAGAGAGAACAUGAACCCAGGAGGUCUUCCUCUCCCCAGAAGCCUAAAAAUGUCCGACCGAAAAUCAUCACCUAUGUUCGGGCAAGUCCUCCAGCAAAACCUCAAGUCACGGAUGCCCCUCAUGAAGCCUCUACGCACCCACUAAGAUUAUCCUCUUACUCCAGCCCACCAGCUCAUAAAGAUCCAAAGGUUGGUACUAAAGCUGCACCAGUGCUAUGUUCCUCCAACCUGCUGUUUGACAAAUAUCGACAGGAGAUGCAGAAGGCAGGGUACCAUCCAUCAGGCAUGGCUGCGACAGGGGUGAAACCUCCAAACAGCGGCAUCCCUCAAAGGCCGAGCGGGAAGUCAGGCAGCUUUCAUGAGGAUGUGCCAGAGAAAUAUCUCCAAGAGCAGGUUUCUCAAGAAGGCGGCAGCGUCUUCCGAUCACCCAGAUCCCUGAGGCCUCAGCUGGGGUUAGGGGCAGUCACCAGGCAGCCUGCAGCCAAGACAAGAGUUCAGCAAACAGGCCAAAGGUCAACCCUGGCCCCAAGCCAGUCUGCUCAGGCUGCUGGAGUAUCCACCCAGGGCCACCAGGACUCUGCAGGAGAGCAAAAGAGGUCAGGUCCAGAAACCACCCCCAAGGGCCUCCUGCUCAAACCAGGCCAGUCUGGUCUCCGUCCUCCGGGCUUCUCCACCCUGCCAGCUGCCCGUCUCGCCGCCUUCGGCUUCGUCCGCAGCUCCAGUGUCUCGUCUGUGUCCAGCAACCAGUCUAAUGACAGCAGUCACAGCGAUCCCUGUCGACCCUCUCAGCAUGCCAGCAGUGGCAGCGAUGACACACCUCUACACAAAGCCACAGCAACCCAGAGUGAAGCUUCCCACAGUCAGAGCCGACCUCAGCCUCCCAAUGCCCCCAGCCUCCAGCGCCGCACUCUGCCCCCACAGCGCUCCUCCCCGCUGGCCUCCCGGAGAGAGAUGCAGAAGGACAUGGAGGCUGUGAUGCCACCAAAGUCCUCCCCUAAAAGAUUUGCAGUGGUUUCGCCCAAGCCUCAGUCCCCUGUUCGUGGGCGGACGGCAGCAGUCCCCAGUUCUGUUCGGACGGACAGGGCCCAGGAGCUGGACCGGGCUCUGAUCCAGCAGCUGCGGGAGCGCUGUGAGCAGCAGGCCCUGCAGCUCCAGAGCCUUCAGGCCCAGUUAAAGAAGGCUUCCCUGUGCCUGGACGUUUUCAGCAUCACCACCCAGCACUUCUGUCACAAGAGUGAGAGUGCCAUUGUGAAAGAGAGGGAACUGUCCCUGGAGCUUGCCAAAAUCAGGGAUGAAGUGGCUUUCAGUGUUGCACACUGGGAGCAACUGCAGCAGGAGAAGGAGGAACUGGAGCGGCGUUUUGAGGCUGAGCUGCAGGGGUUGCGGGCUCAGCAGCAGAGGGAGCUGGGAGCGCUGGAGGAGCGGCUGAAGACGCAGCACACGGCCGAGACCGAGAGUCUGCAGGCACAGCAGCAAGCCGAGCUGGAGGAGCUACGGGUGAACCAGCAGGAGCAGAUCGAGGAGAUGAGUGAGAACCACGAGACGUCCCUGAUGGAGAUGGAGACGGCUCACGAUGACACGCUGGCCACUCUGCAGGAGGAGCACGCCAGGACCGUGAAGAAUUUGAAGAUGGCCCAUGAACAGCAGAGGAAGUCCCUGGAAGAAGAGUUUCAAAAGAUCAGACUGUCACUGCAGGAUCAGGUGGACACGCUGACGUUUCAGAAUCGCAGCCUCAGAGACCGAGCCAAGCGAUUCGAGGAGGCUCUUCGCAGGAGCACAGAUGAGCAGAUAGUGGAUGCUUUGGCUCCGUAUAAACACAUUGAGGAAGACCUGAAGAGUCUGAAAGAAGUUCUGGAGAUGAAAAAUCAACAAAUUCAUCAGCAGGAGCUGAAGAUUUCAGAGUUGGAGAAAAUACAGGCUGAAAAGAAUGUGUACCUGGAGGAGAGACUACAAGUGUUACAGCAGCAGAACGAAGACCUGAGGGAACGAAUAGACAAGAACCUUGCUGUGUCCAGACAACUCUCUGAGGAGAACGCCAACCUGCAGGUGCACGUGGAGAAGGAGAGCAACGAGAAGAAGCGGCUGAGUCGCACAAACGAGGAACUGCUGUGGCGUCUUCAGACUGGCGAGCUGAGCCCUCGCAUGUCCCCUAGCUCCUCCCCCAUCCAUAGCUCCUCCCCCAUCAAUCGGCCAUCCUCCGGACAAGGCUCCCCCGCCCGUCCACACUCCUACCAUCAAUGACACUCUCAAUGGAAGCUCUUGUGUCGAACGCUUUCUUUUAUCCGGCAUUGGAAGCCCUGAUUUUUUUGAGACUCUGUUGAAUGUUCCUCUCAGAUAGAUUUUACACAACGUAGAUGGACAAACACAAAUAAGUUUGUUUCUUGGGAAAUGCCAACCCGCCCAUGUGAUGCAUUUCCAAAGUCAAACGCCAGGAAUUUUAAUCUCUGACCUAAAGAAUUGUAUUAAUGAUCGCGCUUCUUAUUAUUCGUAAGGGAAUUCUCUGCCCUCCUCUUUUUCUAUUCCACCCGAACGCCCCACAAAGCUGCGACACUGCAGCAGAUGAAAGACCUGGUCAUUGUAGACGUCAUAGAGCAGUGCCUCAUUUCCAUGUUUUCACCUCCAUCUACAUCCCCACCCUCUCAUCCAGCGCUCAGGAUGACGGAUGAACGAGAAAUGCAAACAUCAAAAGUACAACAAUGAACACAAGAAGCGCCUUUGCUGUCCAGUCUCUCCCACCAGCAACGGCACGGGCAAUACGUCUAAGUAAAAAUCACAAAACUACCUUUAGUAAGUUACUCUCAAAGUGUGGAUUCUUCUCUGGGGCAAGUCAACAUUUACAUGCUGAAAUAUUUCAUGUAUCAGGAGUGUAUGAAUGACGACCUAGCCAUCUAACCUCAAUCAUCCACCCUACUUUUUUCCUUAAACAGCUAGAUAUCAGCGCGGACCUGAAAUGUAUGAUUAAGACAACAUAACAACUCAUAAAUCUAUUGAACUGCCACCACGGUUUAGCUAUGUUAUUUAUCAUAAUUUGUAAAAACUGUACAUGUAUUGAUCUCUUUAAAGCAUGUUCCGUCUUCCAGUUAUAAUGAACUUUAUUUUAGGAUUACCUACAGUGUGACGAAAUGGAGUGGAGGGGUGAAGGUUACUUCUCGUUUCCAGUGACACAGAGCAGGAUUUAUUCAAAUGAAACCAAGAGAAAAAAAGAUAAUAGUAUUAUACAUUUCAGACUAAUCUUAUAUUUUUCAGGUGAGUUGAUUCUCCCUCACCUGUAGUCGUCUUAAGAAAGUAUAAGUGUUUCUGAAUGCCUCUCAGUUGAGUGCAUACCUCUGCCAAAGUAAAGUAUUAAUGAGAAUGUCAAAAAAUGCCCUAUUUCACAGUGUUGAGGAAAGUGAUGAAAAAAAUUCCUGGAUCUUGCCCCUUUCACCGGAUCCACUCCAAAAAUCUACUGUAUUUUUCCCUGUCUCAUGCCCCAUCCCUCUAACAAGCUUGGUGUAAAUCGGUUCAGCACUUUCUUUGCGUAAUCCUGCAAACUAACAAACAAACAAACAAACAUGGGUGAAAACAAAAGUGCAGGAUCUGUAGAAACCACCAAAGAUGAAAUCAUUAAACACAGCAGCUCAUCAUGUAUUAUAGCAUCACGUACUAUGUCAUAUGUCUGGAGGUACAGUAACUGCUGCAGAAUCAGCCUUAAAUGGUGCAGACAUAGUAGUUUCCGUCACAAAGUAUCGACUUGAACACAUGUAAAUCUCUUCAUUGUGUUGCAUUUGUACUGUUUUAUUUUUCUUUGGUUAAGUGUACCUUAUCGUUGCUCUUGCAGCCAACUGGAACUGUUUCUGUCACACUAAAUGUUCUGUGUAUUUUGAGAUUCAACACAGAAAAACCUUGAGAACAAAUCAAAAAAAAAAAAAACUGUCAUGGCUUUCAUCCUCCAUGAAUAUCUCCAAUUGACCUUUGGCAAACUCUUGUUGAGAAAAAAAUUGGAUAAAGCUGCAAGCUGUUACCUCAUGUCUCAUUGCAGAGAAUAAUCUCAGGUGUUGAGAAUUAUGAAUCAUCAAAGGGAAGCAACUGCCAUAACUUUUUUUUUUGUAUUACAGUAAUUGUACUCUUUUUUUUAAACUUAUGCUCAUGUUUACAUAAUAGCUCGACUGUCUGUUUGUCCUUUGUAUAAAAUUAUUUGGAUGUACAGAAUAUGUAUACAUAUUUCAAAGAGCAUAGUGCGGUCCGCAAAUAUAUGAAAAUAGUUUGAAGAAAUAUUGCUUUAUUAUAAUAAUAUGAUUUAAUAAUCAGCUCCCCGGAUUUAAAACGUGGAAAUCUGCUCAAACAGGAAUUUGGUUAUAGGUGAGUUGUUUACUGUUCGGACAAGUUGAUUAUGUUUAACUUGGUCGCUGGUGGGUUUAGCUGUGUUCUAAAAAGGAAGUGGUGAAUGAUAUUUCUUGCCAUCAGGUACUUUGAUUGCACUGAUUGCCUCUGUGUCCUAUGGACAUGACCUAGUACUCAUUUAGUGAGUGUUUGUUCCACGCUAGAAUAAGAGGUUUUGUUUACAGCUCACACCCAGUGUCAGAGAGGGUUGGCGUGUCACAUGGAUGUCGGUACUUCUGUUGAUUGUUUACUGGACUUCUGUUGUAACGAUUGUAUUUCAGUAUUUCAGAAACCCAUGCUCUGGAUAAGUUUAUAUGAAAGCAUGUCUUUAUAAGGUUGUUGUGCAUUAUUUUUUUGUUUGACAUUUCUUGUGCAUUUCAUAUAUUUAUUUAUUUAUUUGUCCUCCCCCAGAACUGCAACUGUAGCUUAGCUGGUUAAAUUAUUGUGGUCAGUGAUGAGACACUAACAUCUAUACUGUAUAUGUUGCACUUUGUAUUUAAGUAUUAAAUCACAAUAAGAAAAUAAGUGUACAAAAGUGA